GAGAGCUUUCUGCGACGGCUUUAAUGGUGGCGCUUUGAGUUGUCUGUUCUUCCAAUUUUGAGGAGAUUUGGUUUUGGGUGGUGAAUUGUUUGUUGCUGUUUUCGUUUUCUAUUGUUUGUAUCGAAAGAGGGUGAAAUUGAAACCCUAGUGUUUCGAAUUUGUCGAAUUUAGUUGGGUUUCGUUUCGAGGCUGGAUCUGAGAUUAUGCUGUUGAGGCAAUGGAGGCUUCUUUAACGGCUUUGGAGCGGCCACGAGGUGCAGCUUCAAAUACGGUUUUCAAGAGUGGUCCACUUUUCAUAUCAUCUAAAGGAUUGGGUUGGACGUCUUGGAAGAAACGCUGGUUCAUCCUCACACGUACUUCUUUGGUCUUCUUCAAAAAUGACCCUGGUACACUACCACAAAAAGGUGGUGAAGUUAACUUAACUCUGGGUGGCAUCGACUUGAAUAACUCUGGAAGUGUUGUGGUGAGAGAGGAUAAAAAAUUGUUGACGGUAUUAUUUCCAGAUGGGCGUGAUGGGAGAGCUUUCACUCUUAAGGCUGAGACAUUUGAAGAUUUGUACGAGUGGAAAACUGCUCUUGAGCAGGCUCUUGCACAAGCCCCUAAUGCAGCACUUAUCAUGGGUCAAAAUGGAAUAUUCCGUGCUGAAACUAACGAGGCUAUCGAAGGGCGGGAUAAGCGUCCAUUAAAAUCCUUGGUUGUUGGAAGACCAAUUUUACUUGCUCUCGAAGAUAUUGAUGGAAGCCCAUCAUUCCUUGAGAAAGCUCUUCAGUUUAUUGAGAAGUAUGGAACUAAAAUUGAAGGAAUAUUAAGACAGUCUGCUGAUGUGGAGGAGGUGGAACGUAGAGUUCAAGAAUAUGAACAGGGCAAAACGGAGUUCACUUUUGAUGAAGAUCCGCAUGUUGUUGGAGACUGCAUUAAGCAUGUAUUGAGGGAGUUGCCUUCUUCUCCGGUUUCAGCGUCUUGUUGUACUGCCCUGCUGGAAGCUUACAGAAUUGAGUCUAAGGAGGCUCGCAUUAGUUCAUUGCGCUCUGCUAUAGCGGAAACAUUUCCGGAACCUAAUAGACGUCUACUACAACGGAUUCUGAAAAUGAUGCAUACUAUCUCGUCUCAUUCCCACGAAAAUCGAAUGAACCCAAAUGCUGUAGCUGCUUGCAUGGCUCCUUUGCUCCUACGUCCUCUACUGGCUGGUGAAUGUGAUUUAGAGGACGAUUUUGAUAGCGGUGAAGACAAUUCUGCUCAGCUUCUUGCUGCUGCUAAUGCUGCCAAUAAUGCCCAAGCCAUCAUUACAGUUCUCUUGGAGGAUUAUGGAAGUAUUUUCGAUGAAGAAAAUAUUCAAAGAUGUUCUAUUUCGACUGAAUCACAUAUUGGAAAUAGUGGGCCUGAUGAUUCAAGUGAUGAUGACAACAACGUGAAAAAUGAAUAUCACAAUGCAGAUAAUGAAGUUGAACCAGUGACAGAUGACGAUAAUGAGCGUGCAUUGAGUGGAAAAAUGAGUGAGAGCAGUGGUUGCACAGGCAGCGAUCUCUAUGAAUACAAGGGAUUUGUUGCUGAUGACUCUGAUAUUGAAUCACCAAGAGACAUAAAUGGUCCAAGAUGUAAUUCAAACAUACGACCAGAUCAUCUUAUGAGAAAUCCUUUUGUCAAUUCCACGGAUCAACAAGCUGGAGAGCAGAUAGGCGAUGAUCCAACAAAAUACGGAGAAAACUCGUGUCUCGCACAUGUUAGCGAGUCUUAUCAAUCAUCAGGGGCGGUUCUAAAUGUACCCACUCAGGGGAAUACUUUGGCUGCUCCUGGUCUUGAAUCACCAAGCGCGAAAUCCGUGAAUAAGGGCACACCCUCCUCUGUUCAUGCAAAGCGCGCAACAUUCUGGGGUCGAGGCAGUGCCAGAAAGAUAUCAACAGAUGGGUCGUUUGAUUCUUCAGGAGAAGACGAGCUUGCUAUACAGAGGCUCGAGACCACAAAAAAUGAACUGCGACAACGAAUUGCAAAGGAGGCCAGAGGUAAUGCAAUAUUACAGGCUAGCUUGGAGAGAAGGAAGCAAGCACUGCAUGAACGUCGUUUGUCGCUUGAACAAGAUGUGUCAAGAUUACAAGAGCAGCUGCAAGCUGAAAGAGAUCUCCGAGCAGCACUGGAGGUUGGUUUGAGCAUGUCUUCUGGACAAUUUAGUUCACAUGGUGUGGAUUCAAAAACAAGGGCUGAGCUUGAGGAAAUUGCUCUUGCUGAGGCUGAUGUGGCCAGGCUGAAGCAGAAAGUUGCAGAACUUCACCAUCAGCUUAACCAGCAACGUCAGACUCAUUUUGGUUCCUUCUCAGAUGCACGUGAUACUCAUCAGUAUCUCCAGAAUCACAAUCCUCAAAAAAGGUUUCUUCAGCAAGAUUUUGAUUCCACUCUUGCCUAUGUAAAUCAUGAAAGGAAACAAAGACACGAGGAGAAUUUACUGGGAGCGGAGUGGAGAAAUAGUAAAGGGGCAGGAUCUUUUGGUGUUGGCAAUAGCAGGCAACCAUCUCGUAAGCAAAUACCAGAAUCAACAAACAUAACUGACUCUAAAAUCAGUGAAGAGUCUGGAAAGGUGUCUGUGGACAAGUUCUCAGCCAUAGAUUCUCUAUCUGUUCCGUCGACUUCAAGAGCAUUAGAUAUAACAGAGUACCCAAGGCUUAAUCAUCCGUCAGCUGCUGCAUCAGCAGCUCUGGUAGAGUUAACAACACGUCUUGAUUUCUUCAAGGAAAGACGUUCGCAGCUCAUGGAGCAGCUCCAAAACCUCGACCUUAACUACGGCGGCUCGUCUUCCCAAGAUUUUAUACACCGGCCAUCUUCUCCACCUUGGAACUAACAACAUGAGAAAAAAAAGAGAGAAGAAAAGGCUAUGUUUGUUCUGUAUAUCCUUUUGGUGAUUGAUUAAUGAUGUUAGCAUUUGCUCUACUCAUUUUCUCCCCCAGAAGACAAUAAUGACCUUAUUCUUUU